AUGAUUAGCGGACGGCAGUACUACGAGAUCCCACCCGCUGGCGGCGGCGGGAGCGGCGGCGUCGUCAUCGGCGGCGGUGGUGGUACCCGUGGUGGUGCGGGUAACCACGCGAUGAACGGCCACGGCAGCAUUCAUCGAUUCGACCCGACAUACGUUCCCGGCUACGGCCACGGCGUGCAUGGUUACAGUCGGGGCCACAGUCACGGUGGUGGUGGCUACUACGAUCGCAACCGCGGGACGCGAGUCCAGCAGUACGACGACGACGACAACGACGAUAGCAACAAUAUCAGCAUCAACCACGGCUUCAAGCCUGCCCCCGCGGCCAGGCAAUCCCUCUCGGCGCUGGACGAGAAGCGUGCCAACGAGAUCCGCCGCGGCGUUUACGCCCACGUCUUUCUCGAUGUCAAAAAUAGCAGCAAAUCAGAAGUCUCGUAA